UGAACAAAGGUUGCCCUAACGAAAUGGGUGUGGGUGAACAGCGCAUGUGCAACAGAGAGCUUCUUGUCGGAAGCCAAGUCGCGUUAAACCAAAGGCUUGACAUCAGAAAAGCGAACAUAAAAAAAGAGUCAUGUCAGGGUUUCUGGACGGAAUCCGCUGCGGUGACUGCGAGUGCAAUGUGGACUGGGGGGAGAGGAGAAACACCAUCGCAUCCAUAGCUGCCGGAGUUCUGUUUUUCACAGGAUGGUGGAUCAUCAUCGACGCGGCUGUGAAAUAUCCUUCGGAGGGAGAGUUUCAUCACGCCUAUCAUACAUGUGGAGUCAUAGCCACAGUGGCCUUUCUCAUGAUAAAUGCCGUGUCAAAUGGCCAAGUGAGGGGAGACAGCUACAGUGAAGGCUGCCUUGGACAGACAGGCGCCCGGGUUUGGCUCUUCAUCGGCUUCAUGCUGGCUUUCGGCUCCCUGAUCGCCUCCAUGUGGAUUCUCUUCGGCGGAUUCGUAGUGCCCCAGAAGCAUGUGUAUCCUGGUAUUGCCAUUUUUUUCCAAAAUGCGUUCAUUUUCUUUGGAGGUCUGGUCUUCAAGUUCGGGCGCACAGAGGAUCUGUGGCAGUAAAAGACUCACUGCUGUCACUCUGCUUUCUAUACUCUGUGAGACAAUAUUCUUCAGCUUUCAUUCAAUUAAAUAUGAACCAUUUUUUUUUUUAGCUUUUACAUUAAAAUGUGUAAUUUAUGUUCCUUACUAUAUUGUAGCAAAAUCAUAACUAAGCACAAAUUGUCAUAGAUUUCUGUAAAGUUUAAACACUCUCAAACGUGGCACAUCUUUAAAUGUGUGUUUGCACUCAGACUGUAUCCAUGUUCUUAUUAUGGUUUACAAGUUGUGUAUACCAAAAUGUAUAUAAUGGAGCUUUGCUGCAACAUUCCCUUGGGUUGGCUCACUUCUUCAAUAUAACACCCUUAAGUUUGAACUGUGUGUGGAAAUUUGAAUUUAUUAUGGUGCAAUUAGCGGCCAAUGUUUCAAAAUGGAUUUGACUACUGAUUCUAUGCAUAUGGGGUUGUUUGAUUUUACUUUUUUCCAGUUUAACAGUUCAGAUUAGAUGUUUAAUUUGGUUAUCUCACACUGUGGACCUGAUGUCAGCAAAGGGAUUUAUAACAGGGUCAUAACAGUAAGGUGGGGUUGCUUUAACAGAGGUUUGGAUUUCCGUUUCAUUUUCAUGUGUAAAACACUAAGUCAGUUUCUCACGACCACAUUAAACAGACGGGGCAGGAAAUCA